AUGUCUGACGACGACGACUUCAUGCAGGACUCUGGGGAGGAGGAAUACGAUUUCGAGUACGAAGACGACGACGAGGAGCAGAGUGGCGAUGUCGACAUUGAGAACAAGUACUACAAUGCGAAGCAGUUGAAAGCCGAGGAUCCAGAGACAGCUAUAGAUGAAUUCCUCGAAGUCCCGGCGCUCGAAGAGGAAAAGUCGGAUUGGGGCUUUAAGGGACUGAAGCAGGCAAUCAAGCUGGAGUUCAAGCUUGGACGACACGACAAGGCAGUGGAGCAUUAUAAGGAGCUUCUCACAUAUGUCAAGUCGGCCGUGACGCGCAACUACUCCGAGAAGUCCAUCAACAACAUGCUCGACUUCAUAGAAAAGGCUGCGGACGAUGCCGACGCGUAUCGCUGCAUGGAGAAGUUCUAUGCUCUAACGCUUGACAUCUUCCAGAGCACCAACAACGAGCGAUUGUGGCUGAAGACAAACAUCAAGCUCGCGAGGCUGUGGUUGGACAGGAAAGAUUACCGCCAGCUGACAGAGAAACUUCGAGAGUUGCACAAGACUUGCCAGAAGGAAGACGGAACAGACGACCCGAGUAAAGGAACCUACUCAUUGGAGGUAUACUCACUGGAGAUUCUCAUGUACGCUGAAACUAGGAACAACAAGCGUCUGAAGGCACUAUACCAGCGAGCUCUCAAGGUCAAGUCGGCAGUCCCACAUCCUAAGAUCAUGGGUAUCAUCCGGGAAUGUGGUGGCAAGAUGCACAUGAGCGAAGAGAACUGGAAGGGUGCGCAGAGCGACUUCUUCGAGAGUUUCAAGAAUUACGACGAGGCUGGCUCCCUGCAGCGGAUCCAGGUGCUGAAGUAUCUGGUCUUGUCGACCAUGUUGUCGGGUUCAGACAUUAAUCCGUUCGACUCACAAGAGACCAAGCCCUAUCAGAAUGAUCCCCGCAUCUCAACCAUGACAGAUCUUGUCAUUGCUUAUCAGCGCGAGGACAUUCAUGAGUACGAGAAGAUCUUGCAGAACAACCAGGACCUACUCCAGGACCCGUUCAUUGCAGAAAAUAUUGACGAGGUCACGCGCAAUGUGCGCACCAAGGCAGUUGUCAAGCUUGUCGCGCCCUACACCCGCUUCACAUUGGCCUUCAUUUCAAAGCAGCUGAAAAUCUCCCUCCCCGAAGUCCAGGAAAUUCUGGGCUUCCUCAUCGUCGAUAAAAGACUGCACGGUAAGAUCAACCAGCAAAACGGGACGGUAGAGAUCGAAAGUCGUUCCGAUAUGGAUCGGGUGCAGGCGAUGAAAGAGUGGAGUGCAGCCAUUGGAUCACUCUGGCAGACGGUCUUAAAUGACGGAGACGGCUUCAAGUCGGACGAGAGCGGUUCACAAUAUACUCCUGGUGGUGCUGGUGGACAGUCUUUAGCCUGGAAUUCGAGCGGUCUGGGAACCAAAUCUGGACGACCGAAAGGCAAGGGCCCUGCUACGGGACGCCUGCCGGGAGUAUCAAGCAAAGGAUGA